GGCAGCCAGACGUAGUCUCCAUUGUCCCCUAGCUAGCUAGCUGGCAGAGCAAACAAAACACUCCAUAUUGUCGCUAGCUACCCAGCUUCUGAUUCUGCUACCUUGCUUAAUUAGCUAUAGCAAUCACACGCUAGCUAGCUAGUACUACAGUCCAGUAAUGGCCACCGCCCUGAGCAGCCUCCGCGCGCCGGCGGCCUUCUCCCUCGGCAUCGCCGCCGCCCCGGCUCCGGCGGCGGCCGCCACCGUGGUGGCGCUGCCCGCGGCCAAGCCGGCCCGCGGCGCCAGGCUGCGCGCGCAGGCCACGUACAACGUGAAGCUGAUCACGCCGGACGGGGAGGUGGAGCUGCAGGUGCCCGACGACGUGUACAUCCUGGACCAGGCCGAGGAGGAAGGGAUCGACCUCCCCUUCUCCUGCCGCGCGGGGUCCUGCUCCUCCUGCGCCGGCAAGGUCGUCUCCGGCACCGUCGACCAGUCCGACCAGAGCUUCCUCGACGACGCCCAGGUCGAAGGCGGCUGGGUGCUCACCUGCGCCGCCUACCCCACCUCCGACGUCGUCAUCGAGACGCACAAGGAGGAGGACCUCGUCGGCUAAUAAGCAGCCGCAUGCCAUGCACACCACACACCACACGAUCUGUAUGGGCCAAGCAAGCUAGCUAGCUACCAUGCCAUGCAUCCAUCCAUGACAGCAGCACAGCUCCAUGCAUCAUCAUCUGUUAUACUACUCUCUUAUUUAUAAUCCAAUUUUACUUCGGAUGCAUGAUAUGAUAUAUGAGUUUCACUAUGCUCAAGCAAAUCAAAUAAUAAUGUUUUUUUUUCUCUCCUCU